GAGUGACCUAACAAUCACGUUCAACACUGAUGGGAGCCCCAUCUUCAAAUCCUCGAAGACGUCAGUGUGGCCGAUUCAAUUUACAGUAAAUGAACUACCCCCUGCAGUGCGCUUGCACCACCCUACAUUGGCUGGACUCUGGUUUGGGAAGCGCCAUCCAGACAUGUCGGUUUUUCUGACCAAGUUUGUGGAGGAAGUCAACACUAUGGCCCCUGUGACAUGGAUCCAUGGAGAUCAGCAGCUCACUUCAAAAGCCUUUGUACUGUGCUGCAGCGUUGAUACCCCUGCCCGUGCUGCCGUGCAAAACAUGGUCUCUUUCAAUGGGUUCUUCGGCUGCCCAUAUUGCUUGAUGAAAGGCGAGCACGAGGAAGGAUGCGUGCGCUAUGUCGCCGAUGAAGCCCCAAUUCCGAGGACAUCGGAGCUUGUUGUUCGAGACAUGGAGCUCGCCCAGAGGCUGGGGAGCCCUGUAAAUGGUAUCAAGGGUCCAUCACCUCUCAUGAACCUUGAAGGUUUCGACUUGGUUGCUGGCAUGAGCGUGGAAUACAUGCAUUGUGUUCUGCAAGGGGUGGUGCGACAAGUCACGGAGCUCCUCUUUUCAUCGACAAGCUCACGACAGGCAUACUACAUCGGUACACGUGCGUCUGUUGUCAAGGUAGACAAGCGACUACGAAGCAUCAAGCCUCCCCACUGUAUAACAAGGCUGCCUCGUUCCAUUGAGGAGCGUGGCUUCUGGAAGGCGUCAGAGUGGAAGCAGUGGCUCCUUUUUUAUGCACUGCCAUGCUUGCUGGAUGUCCUUCCCCAACUCUACUGGAAGCACCUCUCCAAGCUCUGUGAGGCUGUACACAUUUUGCUGCAUGACAGCCUUACGCUCCGUGACAUCAAGCGUGCAGGUGAGCUCCCAAAAACAAGCAUUUAGUUGAAGCCUUGCCAUCUAGCCAACACUUCUAAACAGCUUUAUUUUCGAGGGCUUUGUUUCACAAAUUUUGCAAAGUGUAGGUUUCUGGAAAAAUUGUGCAGGCAGAAAAUUUUGUAUUGAUGGGGAAAGGGAGGGGGGUGAUGUAUGUAUACAUGCAAUAAAUUUUUUUGUCAUACUUUUCAAAUCUUGAGAUUUCAGAACAUUAGGUUUCCUCAAAAAUUAUUACGUUCACAGUAUUUGAAACUAUGUAAGACAACCUCCUCACACCAUCUCCAAGCAUGCCAUGAGCAACACAAAUUUUAUAGGACUCUUGAUACAGAUUGUUAGUAUGCUCGACGGGGCGCCGCAAACCCCAAAACAGCACUCAUAAAGAGAUAUCCGAAACGGAUGGCCAUAUUUUUGUAAAAUAAGGAUGCGAUUGAGUGAGAAUUGCGACAUCUUGUUUCCUGCAGAACAGUUAAGGAGGAGGGGAAACGGCCUCGCUUCCUUCCCUCUUUGUGUCCUCGUGGAGUCAAACCGAAGAGAGGAGGUAACAAGAAUCGCAACGUCGUGGGCAUUUUUGGCCUUGUUCAAGCGAGCUCUUCUUUCGCAAAAAUACGACCAUCCAUUGCAGAUAAUGAUUUAUGGGUGACGCUUUCGGGUUUGUAGCUUCCCGCCUAGUGCUUCUGCAUUGUUUUCUGAAAUCAAAAUUUCGCUUCUGCAUCCCUUUAACGUUGAAAGUGCUCAUCACAUCCUAUCUUACUGAUAGCAUCAUUUUGGUGGACUUUCCGCUUUUUGCGAUGCACAGUUUGUUCAUCAUGUGGGCCGAAAAACUGGCUUUCAUUUUUUCUUUCCUUUAAACCCUGUAUUUGGUUUGUUAGAACAUUUUUGUACUUUUCUUGAAGCUUAGGUAGAACAUACAUAUCCUUCUAGUGCAUUUCUGUUCCAAAUUUGAAGGGCAUUUUAUAUCAUUGAAGCAAACAUUGUUCAAACAUACAAAGCACCUCUCAUGAGGGGUACUUUCUCUAAUUUGUGGAAGUCUUCUAUAGUUGUGCCCAUAUUCGAGGCUGGUGAUCUGUCAUUAUUAGUGACUAUCGUCCCGUUUUGUUAUUGUGUGGUUUCCCGAAGGUUUUCGAAAUGGUUAUGCAUAACUGGAUCUCAAAUUACCUCA